AGUGUGCGCGCCUGAGACAAGAAACCCCCGUCCCUUCCUCUCCCCCAAAAUUCACAAAAGGAAAACCCCAUAGCCAUAGGGGUGCCCGGCUGGCGGCGAUCGCCGGAGAUGAAGCGUAGGAUGAGGAGGACAGGGGUGGAAGGCGAAGAGGGCGAGGCCUGACGGCGGCUGGCGCGGCGGGGGAGGGCCUGUGGUGAGGUGGUCGCACGCGGCCGUCGCUGGAGGUGGAGGAGGGUGGACGAGGGGUGUUCUUGGUCCGGGAAAGGCGGGACUUGAUGGCCCGAGCUGCGGGAGCGGAGGGUCUUGGACGAGCUGGUCGGAGGCGGCGGCGCCGGCGAAGGAGGCCGGUACGACCACCUGCAGGGGGAAGUGGGUGCAGAUGUUGGAGUGGGACUGGACAGAGCCGGACGCGGAGAAGGCGAGGCCGUGCGACGCCGGGGGAAGAGAGGCGGGAGGCGAUGAGGAGGAGGUGGUCUACGAGUGGAGGUGGACGGAGGCGGUGAGCCCGGAGAUUCUGGCUCUGGUGCUUCGCGGGCGGCUCACGGCGGACGAGGUGGCGCGGGGCCCGGCGCUGGUGUGCAGGGCGUGGAGGCAAGCCGUGGCGUCGCCGGACAUGUGGGGCGACGUGGACAUCGAGGCGUGGUGCCGCCGCGUCAACUGCCGCGCCAAGGCCGACGCCGCCGUGCGCCGACUCGUCGCCCGCGCGCAGGGCACGCUCCGGAGGCUCUCCGCCUACCGCGUCGGCGACGCCUCGCUCACCUACGUCGCAGCCUCCGGGAAGCUGCUCAAUGUCCUCCAGAUCCCAAUGAGUGAGAUCACUGAUCAAACCGUGGAGAAGCAUGCAGAAUUCCUUCCUGCACUUAAAGUGCUGGACAUCAGUAACUGCCUGAAUAUCACGUUCAGAGGAAUUGAGGCACUAGGCCGGCACUGCAGGUUGCUCGUUCAGCUGAAGAGGUACAUGCCCCCUCCAGAGCCUCCUCAGGGUAACAACAGGGCUGCUAGGGUGGUUGAAGAAGAGGCAUUGGCAGUCGCAAACACCAUGCUGACGCUGCAACAGCUUGAGCUUGCGUAUGGCCUGUUCAGUGACCUUGCGCUAAACACGAUUCUUAACAAGUGCCCGCUGCUGCACGCGCUGGGCAUACUUGGCUGCUGGAAUGUCAGGCUUGGAGGCCACUUAGAGGAGAGGUGCUGCGCGCUCCAGUCAUUCAGGGAACCAUGGGAGCCUGAGUACUGCACUGACUCAAGCAGUGGAGGUGACUACGAUGAUAACAAUACUGACAGUGAUGAUUGACGGGGUUCUGUUUAGAGGUUCAAGUGGUUGGGUAUUGGCCGAUAAUUAUGAAUGAGGAGUUUGGGUAUUGUAGUCUGAUGCCAGCCAGCGCAUCUACCCUUGGUGACCAUUAUUCCAUACCCUACAAGGCUUGCAUUAGAGUGCUGCUGCUUAUGCAGAGAAACAAAUAAGCUUUAGUUAACAGUAGAAAAGUAAAGCAUGGUAGUAUUGGAGAUUGAUAAAGAUGAUUGCUGACAUGAGACGAUUUCUGAAUGUGCUUGUGAUGACUUUUGUCAUAGGGAACACCUAUUCAGAUGCUUAUGUUUCGCCUGAUUGAAAUGAGGGAAAUUGGUGAUACUGUCUACUGAAUUUCAUGUUUCACUUCCUAAUUGGACUUGGUGCAUCCUUCGGGACGUGUAUAGCAUGGUUUCUUGUAACCAUUGUUCGGAUUAGUUGUGCAUGUUUUACUGAAUGACUGGGUUCAUAACUUCCAAGGGUUCCUGCUUGUUCUGUUCAUAAUUUGCACUGA